AACAAAAAACGAGAAAUUGUUUUCAUAACACAAAAGAUUAUGUUUGACAUGAUUUCUUUAUCAUUUUUCAAAGCUGUAUAAUUAUUGAUCCGCCUCUUCAUAAUAAACAUUGGAGUAACUUCCCUUGGCUCUGCUCGAACAUGUGCUCUCUUCUAACAGAACUGUGUAUUUUCUAUCAAUCGCGAAGAAAGGUCACAUCCUUCACAAAGGUACAGAAGUUACGUGUAUUGGAUUCUUAAUCAACGAACUGUUUCUAAUCUAAACCUCGUAACAAACGAACUUUUAUCUUUUGUCACACAGGUAACACCACAGGUAACACCAAGCAUUAACCAGCUGUUAACGGUUACUUAUUUAGGCGGAUCAAAGGUAUAAAUUCCUGGUGGAUUAAAGUUACUCAAUAAAGAUGAUGUUUCCAUUUCAAGUAUAGGUACGAAAUGCCGAUAGUUUUUACACCUUUACUCUUGAGGUGCUCGUCGGUGGAACUUAAUUCCGCCCGAAGAUGGUUCUGUUCAGUUUCAAGUAACUCUGAGCAGCUAAGACAGCUCAUUCGAACACACACGGAAGUCACGAGAGAUCACAUGACACCGGAGAUCCAGCUUCACCUAAUUACCCCGAGAUGUAGCCUCUGGUCAGCCAAAGGAGAUGACGCACCUUUUACUGACCCCUUCUGGGCAUUUUAUUGGCCCGGAGGACAGGUGCUAUCCAGGUUCGUCCUGGACAGACCACGAUUGUUUCACAACAAGAAGGUCCUUGACGUUGGGAGUGGAUGUGGGGCUUCCGCUAUCGCCAGCAAGCUGUCGGGGGCGCACACUGUCUGCGCUAACGAUACAGACCCGGUGGCCUUGGAGGCAAUCAAAAUGAACUGUGAACUGAACGGAGUCUACUUAGAUACGUCAUCUGAUGACGUCAUCGGUAGCAAAAUUGGUGCCUGGGACGUUGUAUUUUUGGGUGACAUGUUCUAUGACUCGGAUUUCGCGGACUUAUUCAGCCAAUGGCUCCCCCGGCUGUCACGGAGCGGUGUGAAUAUAUAUGUGGGGGACCCCGGUCGUCUGCCGUUGGUCAAUCAUCCAUUGAAAAGGAAUCUGGUCAGCCUCUUCCGGUGUCCACUUCCGGAAAACUGUCUCCGAGAGAACAGUGGGAUGUCUACGGGCACCGUGUGGAAAUACACCGGAUAGUUCACACAGUGAAAUA